AUGAUGUCUUUCCCAAAUACUUGGAAUCAUAGAAAGGUAGCUGAAACCUCAGCCAAAGCAUGCGAGGUAUGCUUCAAGCCUAGUACCAGCGUGCUCAUAACCCCAGACAACAAGGACUUCUUUUAUGUCUGUCCUGGUCAUUUGAAAGAUAGGGGAUUCUGUACCCCUAUCAUCGACCACGAUGCUAUCGCAGCUAAGAAGAAAAAGGAGAUGGAAGAUGAAAUUGAACGGGUGAAGAAAGAGUACGAAGAGAAGCAGCGCAAGAAAAAGGAGAAAGAAUCGGAAAAGUCCAAGAAGGAAAAUGAAGAGAAGGACACUAAAGAGACUAAGAAAGAUGAGCCAAGCCCUCAAGUCAAGGACAAACCAGAUGAGAAGACUCCACCAAAAGUAGAAGAAGAACCCCGGGUAUUUUCAUUGCAAAAGUCUUUAGUUAUCCCUCUGUUCAACCACUGGCUGUCGAUACUGAUGACAUGCAGAACCUUCUACCAACAACGGCUGGACAGAAAACGCGCAGCUGAGAUGGCCAAAAGGAACCGAGAACGCCUAAGCAAUCCAAACUACUUCCCUUCCGUCCCUAAAGACCCACUGUGA